AAUACUAGUGACGAGUGCAAACGACAGCAUAGUUCUUUUUGGAUGUCUUGUGUGACCAUUGAAAAGCUAUUUCAAUAUUUAGAACAUUAGCCAAAUUUACCAAUAAAAAAAAAUGACGCUUGCCUUUUUUGCUCCAUUUUUUCUGGCUGUCUAUUACCAAGCGGAAGCCAACACCGGUAGCCAGGUGAGAGGUCCUAUUAUCUGGCAAGAUGAAUUUGAAUUUCUAGACUAUACCAAAUGGAUGCAUUUGAUCACUGCAUGGCGUGGCGGUAACAACGAAUUUCAAUAUUACCAUAAUCUCACCGAAAACAGUUACGUGCGUGAUGGUGUCCUAUACAUAAAGCCAACAUUGACUGCUGACCGUUUCAGCGAAGAUUUCCUUUACAGCGGUGUACUCGAUUUGAAUCAGGAAGGCUGCAAUGUAGAUUGGGAGGGAGGAUGUUACGUAGCUGCUGGGGAUGAAAUUAUCAAUCCUAUCCAAUCAGCGCGAAUGGUGACGAGUGAAUCCUUCAGUUUCACAUAUGGAACGAUCGAAGUCAGAGCUAAAAUGCCUAAAGGAGAUUGGAUAUGGCCAGCGAUAUGGAUGAAACCUACAGAUAAUCUUUACGGCGACUGGCCGCGCUCGGGCGAAAUCGACAUUGUUGAAAACAGAGGCAAUGCUGACUUUUCUUGUAAUGGCGCUCCUAUUGGUCGUCAGUUGGCUGGAAGUACUUUGCACUGGGGCUCGGAUCCUAGUCAAGACAAAUGGCGUUUGAGCCACUGGGAAAAGGUCAUCGAAAUUCCUGAUUUUUCUUCAGAUUUUCACACAUACAGAAUUGAUUGGCUUCCGAAUGGAUUCCAUUUCUACAUUGACAAUGAACUGAUUGGUGAAAUAUUUCCGCCUGCCGGAGGAUUUUGGGAAUUGGGUGGAUUCGAAGGAGAAAAUCUGUGGAGUUCAGGCAGUAAUUUAGCUCCUUUUGACCAACGCUUCCAUUUCCUGAUUAAUGUGGCUAUCGGUGGUAAUUUUUUCCCUGACGGAUGCCAAAAUGAAAAUUACGACAAGCCAUGGGAUGCAUCCGACCCAACUCAGAUGAAAUCUUUUUGGGAAAGUCGCGAAAAUUGGUUACCGACUUGGAAUGCUGAAACGGAAGACAAUAGUAUGCAAGUUGAUUACAUUCGAGUCUACGGAUUAUGAUGUGGCAAAUCGCAGCCAUCUAGUUUUCAAUUAUUCCAUAAAAUCAAACUCUUCAGAUUGUUAAAUAGUUACACUUUUCG